AUGAACAGUCUAAGUUCACCCGGAAAGCAAUUUCAGGAAACCAUACUGCUUCGAGUGGAUCUUGAAGACACGACUGGAAAAACAACUUACGCCGAGUACGAUUUCUUUGGUGUGGCUAGUGAGAAUAGCAAAUACAAACUGAGUCUUGGAACCUACUCUGGAACUGCUGGCGACUCUCUUUCCCAUCAUCGUGGUUCAGCGUUCUCCACCAAAGAUCGCGACAAUGACAAGCAUUCUAGCAACUGUGCCAAUGUACACAAAGGGGGCUGGUGGUUCAAUGUUUGUCAUCACUCCAACCUGAAUGGGGUGUAUCUUCACGGUCAUCAUUCUUCUCCCUGGAAUGGUGUGCUCUGGAUAGGCUGGAAAGGAGCAAACUACUCCGCUAAACGAGCUGAGAUGAAAAUCAAACCAGUUAAAAACUAGAACCAAGUGUACUUGUAAGGCUUUUAAAUGGCAUUAGCCACGUGAUUCCUGAAUUAAGUGAGCUUUUUUAUAGCCUGAGUUUCUUGUGCCAUUCUAUGGUUGAUGUGAUCAUAAGAUCUAAAACGAUUUCUUAAUGGGUGAUG